CGCCACUGUGCUGGCUCAGGGUUCUGGGGCCCCUGCUCUGGAAGCUGCCCUUCCACCGCCGGUCGUCCCGUCGAAGGCGGCUCCUCAAAAGGGGACGGAAAAGGUCCCCGAGAAGAAACAGAAGAGGGGCCGCGAGGCAGGCUCCACCGGGCCCCUGCUUGAAGAUGCCGGCUCACUGCCAUUGAGCCGCCCGGCGGAAGAGCUUUGGAGGGAGAUGGCCCUCAAGGCUGGCCUUGAAUUGCCCGGCCGCUCGUCGUCUGAGGCGACCAGUGCUGCCUUGGCAGCCGCUCUUCAGUCUGGGCUUCUAGUCCUCCAGGCUGAAGCUGCCAGGGAGGCCGACCUGAGGGAGGCCAAGGCCAAGGCCGACGCUGCUGUUGCCACGGCCCGGGAGGCCGC